UUUGGGUCUGCUCAAGAUUGCUCCUUUUCCAAAUGGGGACAGCUAAGAUGAUCGGUGAAUGUUAAACCGUAAAUAAACCCUAGCCCACCGCCUGCCCGCCGAAAAGCAUGAAUCAUAUUCUCCUCCGUCUCGUCCGUCCAAAGCCAAAUUACAUACCGAGGAGCUUCUCAACAAGAACCGUAGUACCCAACGACACUCUGCAGCGUCGGGUGGCGAGGGCCGGCGAUCCCUCCGCUCCGAUUGUCAGAGUGUUGGAAGGAUGGCUUGAUGAGGGUAAUCUUGUCAAGACAUCGGAGCUCCACUCCAUCGUCAAGAUGCUCCGCAAGUUCAGCCGCUUCUCCCACGCCCUCCAGAUAUCAGAUUGGAUGAGUGAGCAUAGAGUUCAUGACAUCUCCGACGGAGAUAUAGCAAUUCGACUUGAUUUGAUUGCCAAAGUCAACGGCCUCAGAGAAGCUGAAAAGUUCUUCCAAAAGAUUCCUAUGGAGAGGAGGAACUACCAUCUCUACGGUGCGCUCCUCAACUGCUACGCCAGCAAGAAGCUUUUGCACAAAGCCGACCAACUGUUCCAGACGAUGAAAAAACUCGGCUUCCUCAGAGGCUGCCUCCCUUACAACGUCAUGCUCAAUCUCUACAUCAGGUGUGGCGAAUACGCAAUGCUGGAGAAGCUUCUCCGCGAGAUGGAAGACGGGAACGUCGAGCCCGACAUCUUCACCGUCAACACGCGCCUCCACGCCUACUCCCUUGUAUCUGACAUCGAGGGGAUGGAGAAGUUUCUUUUGAGCUGUGAGUCUGAUCACCGGGAGGGGCUUGAGCUCGACUGGCGCACUUACGCCGACGCUGCGAACGCGUACAUUAAAGCCGGUUUGAAGGAGAAGGGGGUAGAGAUGCUGCGUAAGUCGGAGCGGUUGGUGAGUCCGCAGAAGAGAAAGCAUGCCUACGAGGUUCUCAUGUCGUUCUACGGCGCUGCUGGGGAGAAACAAGAGGUGUACCGUCUCUGGACCUUGUACAAGGAGCUUGAUGGGUUCUACAACGCUGGAUAUUUAAGCGUGAUCAGCGCGCUGUUUAAGGUGGGAGAUAUCGAGGGUGUUGAGAAGAUUAUGGGAGAGUGGGAAGCCGGACACGCUUUGUUCGAUGUCCGGAUCCCGCAUUUGUUGAUAACAGGUUACUGCAAGAAGGGGAUGAUGGACAAGGCGGAGGAAGUAGCGAAGAUGGUGGUCCAGGAGGCGAGCACGUGGGAGAGGUUGGGUCUGGGUUACAAGAUGGCGGGGGAGAUGGAGAAGGCGGUGGAGAGAUGGAAGAAGGCAAUAGAGGUGAGCAAGCCAGGGUGGAGGCCACACAAGGUUGUGCUGAUGAGCUGUGUGGAUUAUGUAGAGGGACAAAGAGACAUGGAGGGUUUGAGAAAGAUUCUGAGGCUGCUAAGCGAGCGAGGACACGUUUCGUACGAUCAACUACUUUACGAUAUGAAGGAAGCUGGGGGACUUAGUUGGAAGAUAGUCGAUGCAAUGGGAGGAAACAAUUUGGAUACUUAAUUUCCUUUUUUUUUUUGUUGGGUGUAAGAACGGGUUAGCAAAAUUCGAAAGGCCUAAUAGAUUAAUAAUGUGAAUCAACAAUAUAACAAACAAAGAGUUGCAUAUAAAUUUGCGGAUUUAUAGCAAAAAUCCACACUGCAGUUUGAUCA